CAGGAGGCCCUUGAGUAGAUGUCUGGGGGUCCCGUGGACGAGGCAUCGGCAACGGAUGUGCUUUAGCCUGCAUCUACGAAGAAAAGAUGAUCAAGAUCCAAAAAAACAGAAAAACAAAGCAUACCAGGCAAUCCGAUUACCAAAAUGCCGAGCCUUGCCCAAGUUCCGAAUAGCCCUUGCUUAUACCGAAGAACCGGCCACAGCCGGCCGGCCUCGCGACAUGUCAUACCUCCAUGACUAGUCCAUGCAUUGGAGACCCCUUACCCCACCCCCUACACACUUUCCCCUGAAUGUUUUCCUUCUCGCUUCAAGGACAUAUAAAGCAACAAUAAGUACAUUACUACGUGGAUGACGGGAAAGCGACUUUGAUCCGCACCACUCAGAUUUCUUAAACAUUAACUAGGCCUUCAGUUUCGACAAUCAUGCCGCGAGGAUGUUUGGAUGCGAGGAAAGCUCACAGCGUCCCGGCGCAGAAUGCCCUGUACCCGGCGACCAGGGUCGACUUUUCCGACACGGACGUGCUCAAGAUCCAGUACUACACGUCGGCCGCCGCCGUCAAACACCUGAUCCCCGACGACUUUGAGCUGGCGGAGGAGCCGCUGGUCACAGCCUGCCUCUUCCACUGGGGGUACAGCCCGUUCGGCGCGUACUCGGAGAUGGUCUCGACCGUCGAGGUGACGUGGGCGGGCGUCAAGUACGACUUUGCGCUCGAGUUGAUCCUCGAAAACGAGGGCGCCCUUUUCAUGGGCCGCGAGCAACUCGGCGUGCCCAAGGUCAUCGGCAGGGUGGCCUUUGACCCUUCCAACAUCCCCCGCGCGCCAGGCUACCAGCUGGGACACGUGGAGCGGCCCGUGGGCCACAAGAUCAUCGAUUUUGGCUUCAAGCCGGAACGCAAAGUCCACGGCCUGAAGCCUCUGCCCCCUCCGCCCGACCAAAAGGCCAUCCUGGCCCUCCGCAUCCUGCCGCACCUGCACAACGACCAGCCGCCGGUGGUGCGCGAGUACGUCGCCAUCCGCACCAUCUGCACCGAGGGCGAGCUGUGGACGGGGACCGGGUCACUGGGAUUCGCGCCGCUGUCGGGCUUUUCUCUCUUGCCCCAAGCCCCGGUCCGGCGCUACGGAGAGAGCAUCUUACUGCGGAAGUCGUCACACUAUAUUUCCCCCGACCUCAAGGGGUUCGCUCUUGGCGACCGGGUUAAAACGAACGGCCAAGGAUGA